GUUUGCUUCUUUGCCGACACAACAACGAUAUUACCUCAAUUUUCUCUUGGCACGGUGCUGUAGGAUAAAGUUACAAAGUAACAGCAUUUGAUAUGGAAUGCACCUUCCUAACAUGCCAAAUUCCAAGGCUCCUUCUUUUCGUGACCCAGUUACGUAAACCACCCCAAACUUUUCGAAGUACACUUCACAUUGCUUGUUCCCAACAGAACACAGGUUUUAUCCUUUAAACUUCAUCUUUUUGUUUCUCUUCCAUUCUCCACUUUCCGUUCCUUCGUGGCCAAGAUUGCGUAAUUUUGUGGCAAAAGGCCAAAAGGGGUUCCGAGUUUUUGUGUGGUUGUGAUGGUUUUGUUUGUUGACUAGUGACACUCAGUUCCCUUUCAAGCACAGUGGUUAGGGAAGUUGCUUUUUAAGACUAGGUAAGGUUACCGAUUUGUCUGCUAGUGUUGGACUUUGCUUCAGGGAUUGGGAAGAGUACUUAGUCCACCUUAUUGACCCUUGAUGCCUUUUAUUAUUGCUAUCAUUUUGGAAUUUGGAUCAAUCACUUAUACCAUUUAGAUAGAAGAAGAUGAGGGGUGGGAGAAAGAGGAGUAUGAUAAAGCUUAAGUUUAGCAAGAUCUACUCAUUUGCUUGUGGUAAAACAACCUUGAAGAGAGAACAUUCGCGGAUUGGGGGCCAUGGUCAUUCCAGGGUGGUUUUCUGCAAUGAACCUGAUAGGUUCGAGGGAGGGGUUUUCAAUUAUGCUGAUAAUUCUGUUAGGUCCACAAAAUACACGGUUGCCACUUUCUUGCCAAAGUCACUUUUUGAGCAGUUUAGGAGGGUGGCUAAUUUCUAUUUCUUGGUGGCUGGGAUCUUGGCCUUCACAAAGCUUACUCCUUAUACUGCUGUCAGUGCUAUCCUUCCACUCUCUAUCAUCGUUGGGGCAACUAUGGUGAAAGAGGGUAUUGAAGACUGGCGCAGGAAAAAGCAGGAUAUUGAGGUGAACAAUAGAAGAGUUAUAUUGCAUAAAGGUGAUGGCAAUUUUGAAUAUACUGAAUGGAAGAAUCUGAGAGUAGGGAAUAUAGUGAAGAUAAUGAAGGAUGAAUUCUUCCCUGCUGACCUCCUACUGCUUUCCUCCAGUUAUGAAGAUGCAGUAUGCUAUGUUGAGACCAUGAACUUGGAUGGUGAAACAAAUUUGAAGUUAAAACAAGGGUUGGAUGUAACUUCUUCCUUACAGGAGGACUUCAAAAUACGUGAUUUUAGAGCUGUCAUCAAAUGUGAAGACCCAAAUGCAAAUCUGUAUUCAUUUGUCGGGAGCAUGGAGUUUGAAGAGCAAAAGUACCCUCUUUCUGCUCAGCAACUUCUUUUGAGAGACUCCAAACUUCGCAACACAGACUAUGUGUUUGGAGUCGUCGUCUUUACUGGUCAUGACACAAAGGUUAUUCAAAACUCCACUGAUCCUCCUUCAAAAAGAAGCAAAAUUGAGAAGAAGAUGGAUAAGAUUAUCUACUUCUUGUUUUGUGUUUUAUUUCUAAUUGCAUUUGUUGGAUCUAUUAUCUUUGGCAUCAUAACCAAAGGAGACCUGAACAAUGGGUUGAUGAAAAGAUGGUAUCUAAGACCAGAUCGUUCCACAAUUUUCUUUGAUCCAGAGAGAGCAGCUGCAGCUGCCAUAUUUCAUUCUUUAACAGCCUUAAUGUUAUAUAACUUCUUUAUUCCUAUCUCUCUUUAUUUCUCAAUAGAGAUUGUCAAAGUCCUUCAAAGCAUCUUCAUCAAUCAAGAUAUCCACAUGUACUAUGAAGAAGCAGACAAACCAGCUCGUGCCCGAACUUCAAACUUGAAUGAGGAACUAGGCCAAGUUGACACAAUACUUUCUGAUAAAACUGGAACUCUGACCUGCAACUCAAUGGCGUUCAUCAAAUGUUCUAUUGCUGGGGUACCUUAUGGUCAUGGUGUUACAGAGGUUGAGCAAGCCAUGGGAAGAAGUAAUGGUUCACCUAUUCUUCAUGAGCACAUUAAUGGUCUAAAAUCAAAAUCUAAUGAAAUUGGGGACUCUCCUGAUAGAAAAGAGCCUAUCAAAGGUUUUAACUUUACAGAUGAAAGGAUAAUGAAUGGAAACUGGGUUAAUGAGCCUUAUGCAGAUAUUAUACAAUUUUUUUUUCGCUUAUUGGCAAUUUGUCAUACUGCCAUACCAGAAGUGGAUGAAGAAACAGGAAAUGUCUCAUAUGAGGCUGAAUCUCCAGAUGAAGCAGCAUUUGUGAUUGCUGCAAGAGAAGUUGGUUUUAAAUUCUACAAAAGGACCCAGAAUUGUUUGUCAACGUAUGAGUUGGAUCCUGUUUCUGGCCAUCAAGUUGAAAGUCGGGGGAAAAUGCAUUCGGGAGAAGCUGGAGUUGGUACAUCUUGGAAAACACCAAAGCCAAGUGCAUUUGGAAAUCUGGGGGCCGUGUGUCCGGUAAAAGCUAAGGGCCAUGCAUCUGAUAAAAGUGGCAAAGGUCUCGAAGGAAAAGGCAAAUGGACAUACAAGCUUCUCAAUGUUUUAGAGUUUAGUAGUUCAAGGAAGCGAAUGUCAGUGAUAGCGAAAGAUGAAGAAGGGAGAAUUUUACUACUCUCUAAAGGUGCUGACAGUGUAAUGUUUGAAAGGCUUGCCAACAAUGGGAGGAAGUUUGAAGAGAAAACAAUGGAACAUGUGCAUGAAUACGCUGAUGCAGGUCUAAGGACCCUAAUACUUGCUUAUCGCGAACUUGAUGAAGAAGAAUACAAGGUGUUUGAUGGUAAAUUGUCUGAAGUAAAAAAUUCAGUUUCGGAAGACCGCGAAACACUGAUCGAAGAAUUAUUGGAUACAGUUGAGAGGAAUCUAAUCCUUCUUGGUGCCACUGCUGUAGAGGACAAGCUCCAAAAUGGGGUUCCUGAUUGUAUCGACAAGCUUGCCCAAGCUAAGAUUAAGAUUUGGGUUUUGACUGGAGAUAAAAUGGAGACUGCCAUCAAUAUUGGUUUCUCUUGUCGCUUGCUUAGACAAGGAAUGAAACAAAUUAUAAUUCAUUUGGAGAUUCCAGAAAUUCAAGCAUUAGAAAAGGUUGGAGACAAGAUGGCUAUUGCGAAGGUAUCAAGGGAAAGUGUGCAUCAUCAGCUAUAUGAAGGUGCUCAACUGCUUUUUGCAUCCAAAGGGACCUGCCAGCAGACAUUUGCACUGAUCAUUGAUGGAAAAUCACUUACUUAUGCUUUAGAGGAUAAUAUGAAAAACAUGUUUCUAGAGCUUGCAAGUCAUUGUGCAUCUGUUAUUUGCUGCCGCUCGUCGCCAAAGCAGAAGGCUCUGGUUACUAGACUGGUCAAAUCUGGAACUGGUAAAACAACAUUGGCUAUUGGUGAUGGAGCUAAUGAUGUCGGAAUGCUUCAAGAAGCAGACGUAGGGAUUGGAAUCAGUGGUGUCGAAGGAAUGCAGGCCGUCAUGUCUAGUGAUAUUGCAAUUGCACAGUUCCAGUAUUUGGAAAGAUUACUUCUUGUACAUGGACAUUGGUGUUACCGGAGGAUGUCAUCAAUGAUAUGCUAUUUUUUCUUUAAGAAUAUCACAUUUGGAUUCACCCUAUUCUUGUAUGAGGUGUAUGCAUCAUUCUCUGGAGAGCCUGCAUACAAUGACUGGUUUUUGUCUCUCUAUAGUGUCUUCUUUUCGUCACUUCCUGUAAUUGCCCUUGGGGUCCUUGACCAGGAUGUAUCUGCCAGGUACUGCCUGAAGUUUCCCAUCUUAUACCAAGAAGGGGUGCAAAAUGUUCUCUUCAGCUGGCGUAUAGUACUUAGUUGGAUGCUUAAUGGAUUUAUUAAUGCUACAAUGAUAUUCUUCUUCUGCACCAAAGCAAUUGAGCCUCAGGCCUUUGAUGAGGAGGGAAGAACAGCCGGAAGAGACAUGCUGGGUGUGACAAUGUAUACUUGUGUGGUUUGGGUUGUGAACUUGCAGAUGGCACUUGCUAUACGUUACUUCACCUUGAUACAACAUGUUUUUAUCUGGGGUUCCAUCGCUUUCUGGUAUCUUUUCCUCCUGGCAUAUGGAGCAAUGCCUCCAAAAUUUUCUACAAAUGUUUAUCAAGUCUUCAUUGAAACUCUCGCAGCAUCUCCUUCCUUUUGGGCUGUGACAUUCUUUGUGGCGAUCUCAACACUUAUACCAUACCUUACCUUCUCAGUAAUUCAGAUGUGGUUCUUCCCCAUGUAUCACCAAAUGGUACAAUGGAUAAGGUACGAGAGGAAGACAAAUGGCACUGAAUAAAAAUACUGUGAUGAGUGAGCAAAUAUCAUUAUGACCAACCACAAUAAGUUCAACAGCACAUUUUGCAGCUGAGGCUAACAAUAGUAUAGACAGAAUUACUAACCAUAGAUAUGUAUAUUGACAUCCAAAGGGUGUGUUAAGAGUUAUAACUGUUUGAGUGAAAUGUUAUUAUUACUGUAUAUGUGGCAUUGAUGGAUGUUGGAGUAGUUGAGAAUUGUAUCCUAUCUAGUGUAAUAUACUGAGAUUUUGGUUGAGAUAUGUGAUUUGUUGUAUACCAUCCUUGUGUUAUUAAUUUA